UCCCCACCACAAACGCACAUGAAACGGAUGGGGGAUGUGAGCAAUCAUCCACCCCUCCGUUUUACAAUCUCCCCGUCCCUCCAAUACCUUCGCACUAUACAUAGUACAUCGCACCAAGGCACUUCCUCCCGCACCGCACCAAGGCCCUUCCUGAUUGUAAGCACGUUCGAGCUCUUAGCUAUGGCGCUCGCGUUGGAUUCCCAUCAACCUUUUUCCCGUGGAAGGAGUGAUCGAUGCCGCAAUCCCGGUGCAGCCAAAUCAGUCUGUGCGCGCGCCGUUGUUCUGCUCCGGGCCCUCCUUCCGCCGGCGGCCUCGGACGAGCUGCUCUGUUCCGGUCCUUCCUCGCCAGAUGGCGUCCUCAGAUGCACCAGACGCGGCCAUCGCCGUCGCGGCCCCGAUUCCAGUCGGACGCUCUGCUCCGGGCCUCUCACGCCGGACGCUCCGGACGCGCCUGAUGCGGCCAUCCCGCGCAACUGAGGAAGCCUGUGCGCAGGCGUUGCCCUGGUACGGCCCCUCCUCGCACAGACAGCCACGAACCAUCUGGGGCAAAAGAAGCCGGCAGCGGCGGCAAGCAAUCCCAUCAGGCCGCGGUACACAAGUUUAAUUCAUCCAUCGUCUCCCAUGCUAUUUUCUAGACGAAUCUGGUAGAUUUUCUUCUCCCUCCCGAUCUUCUCUAUUUGCAUCAGUACUAUCAAUAGCUGGGUGUCCAAACUCCUAUCCAGAUUUGUUAAUGUUUGCUCUGGGAAGUCAAACCGAGUUGAAGCCUCCUUCGUCGAUGCUCAUCUCCGUCCAGUGUCUAGAUGGGAAAAAUUGGAGACCUGGCUGCCACCACCGCACCUACAGGACGCCUGCUUGGGAAUCUGAAAAACUCUAUGGUACGUCUUCCUGAACGUGAGUUCAAGCCUCUACCAUGGCUCAUCCCCUUCUCCUUCAGGCACCAAGUGUGUUGGGCGGACAAAACUGGAGCCCUCGCCGCCGCCACGGUGCCACCACGCAGCCACCUGAUCGGCAAAUCCGAAUCACUCUACAUAUUCAUGGUGUUUGAUUUAAUUGGAAGAAGUGAUUAUAGGCUGCCGCACGCAUAUGUUUAUCUAACUCAAACUAGACGAUGAAUGAUACCUGAGCCAGUCAUGUCGCUCAUCUUGAUCUGCCAUCUCCAUUUUCUCAGUCAGGUUGGAUGUAGAUCUACAUAACUAGAUUUUCGUGAAAUUUUACUCUUCGUCAUGUGCCAUUUGCAGGAAGGCCAUUGCUGCAGAUGGAUCCAAAUAAAUUUCCUGACAUGUUCUCCACAUUUUCGACUGAUGCUUUCAUGUCAUAUGGCGCUGGAGCAUAUCAAUGAUUUCCUUUUGUUCGGUCAUAUGAAUUCUUAUGAUGAGAUUGGAUUCUUUAUAGACAGGAAUCACCAACACACAUAGUUGAAUGAAAGUAUCACGUAUGUGCUACUACAUUUUUUAAUAGAUUAUGUCCGAUGGGGCUAGCGCAAACUGAUUCUUAUUAUGUAGAAUCAAUAUAUUGCUAUAUCAUGAUUGGUCUUUAUGCCCAGCGAAUAUUGAAUCCGCCUAAAUUGA